AUGCCAGUUUUAGAAGAAAGUCAUAAUGAACUAUCUUUACCUGUUUGUUAUCAGCUUUCGUCCUUUUCAUUACCUGAUUUUAAAGAUGUUAUUGAAGUGGAAAAUCAGGCAAAAAUUUACUGA